AUGUCCAACGAGGAUCCCAAGUAUGAUGAUAUUGACUCCGAGUCCGACUCUGGAGAGUCCAUCGAGCACAACGAGGUUGGCGAUGGCCCUGACGAGAAGCCGCUCAAGUCCGCUCUCAAGAAGACACCCGUCCCGGAACCGGCCGUUCAAAGACCCCCGCUGCCGCCGCAAACCGAUCCCAAAGACCUCGACCUUUCCAGCCUCACCCCCCUCACUCCUGAGAUUAUCGCCCGUCAAGCAACCAUCAACAUCGGCACCAUCGGCCACGUCGCUCACGGAAAAUCCACCGUGGUCAAGGCUAUUUCCGGCGUGCAGACUGUCCGUUUCAAGAACGAGCUGAUCCGAAACAUCACCAUCAAGCUGGGCUAUGCCAAUGCCAAGAUUUACAAGUGCGACAGCCCCGAAUGCCCACGGCCAGGAUGCUACCGAAGCUACAAGAGCGAGAAGGAGGUUGACCCUCCCUGUGAGCGCGAUGGAUGCGACGGCACCUACAGAUUAUUGAGACACGUCUCGUUCGUCGACUGCCCCGGUCACGACAUUCUCAUGAGUACCAUGUUGUCAGGUGCAGCGGUCAUGGACGCCGCCCUGCUUCUGAUUGCUGGCAAUGAAUCGUGCCCGCAGCCUCAGACUUCAGAGCACUUGGCCGCCAUUGAAAUCAUGAAGCUCGACAAGAUCAUCAUCCUGCAAAAUAAGGUCGACCUGAUGAGGGAAGAGGCCGCUCAGCAGCAGUACGAGUCCAUUCUCAAGUUCAUCCGAGGUACCGUGGCUGGCAAGUCGCCCGUCAUCCCCAUCUCCGCCCAGCUCAAGUUCAACAUCGACGCCGUCAACGAGGCCAUCGUCAACACCAUCCCCGUGCCCCCCCGAGACUUCACCAUGGACCCGCACAUGAUUGUCAUUCGAUCGUUUGACGUGAACAAGCCCGGUGCGGAGAUUGAUGACCUCAAGGGUGGUGUUGCCGGUGGCAGCAUCUUGCACGGUGUCGUCAAGCUCGGCGAUGAGAUUGAGAUUCGACCCGGAAUCGUCUCUCGCGACGAGAGCGGCGCCUUGAAGUGCACCCCCAUCUUCUCUCGCGUUGUGUCCCUCAACUCCGAGGCCAACGACCUCAAGUAUGCCGUUCCCGGUGGCCUGAUUGGUGUCGGCACUCGCAUCGACCCCACGCUCUGCCGAGCCGACCGUCUCGUUGGUUUCGUCCUCGGCCUCAAGGGCAGGCUGCCCGAGAUCUACAGCGAAAUCGAAGUCAACUUUUACCUGCUUCGCCGUCUGCUCGGUGUCCGGACCGCCGACGGGAAGCAGGCCAAGGUUGCCAAACUCGCCCAAAACGAAUUCAUCAUGGUCAACAUCGGAUCUACCUCUACCGGCGCCAAGGUUGCUGCCAUCAAGAACGACGCCGCCAAGCUUGUCCUUGUCAGCCCGGCUUGCACCAACAUUGGCGAGAAGGUCGCCCUCAGCAGACGCAUCGACAAGCACUGGCGUCUCAUUGGAUGGGCCACCAUUACUGCUGGCGUCACUCUGGAACCGAGCACGGCCUAG